UAAGAUGGGGAAGCAGGCUGGCAGCGUUGUCUGCACGUUGUGGCGUGGCCAUCCUGGUGGAGACGGUGACAUGGCGGCCAUGUUCCCUCCAGCCUUCAACUCCCUCAGUCACCUGGGAACACCUGCGCUAGCCUCGCCGUCCCCCAGUUGCUAAAUUGUCCUGCUGUGACGUGCAGCUGCGUUAAUGGGCGUGGUCGUCCCUCCACCGCGGCUCCUGGCAGAGUUCUGGCGGCAAGCUUCCGUCAGCUGACGGGGAAAAUGGCGGCCAUCUGGUGGGAGGUGCUCAAAGCUACUGGCUACAAGGAUCCUUCGCCAGCCUCCAUGUACGGUGCGCCAGGCGCUGAGAACAUGUCGAUCGUGGUGUCGUCGUUAACCAUCGCGACGCAGAUGGCGUUGUCGCACGUCAUCCGCGGCCGCUUGAGCGACAUGAUCCAGAACGAAAUGAUCAAGGGCUGCCUUCUUGAGCUUGUCGCCGCGGCGGAGAUGUGCGGCACCUGCUUCGAACUGAUCAUUGUGGCGGACAACUACGGAGUGUAUGCCUAUGCCGUCUACCUCUUCCUUAUGACCAUAUGGUGGGGCCAGUCAUGGGGAACCGCCACCGCCUGCCCCUACUCCCUCCUUGAGGAGUACGUCGAAGUGGGAUCCAACCCUCUACAUGUCGUCCUCAAGAUCAUCGCUCAAGUCAUAGGCGGCUUAGCAUCAUUCAGAUGGGUGAAGUACAUCUGGAUGAUGGAGCUGGCACAGACCCAUAUAGGCCGAGGGGUCGAUGACUGUAGUGCUGAUCUGCAGGUGCCUGUCAUCUUCGGUUUCCUAAUUGAAUGCCUCCUGACCUGCGCCUGCCGCAUCGUCUCCAGGGCCCUUGGCGAGAUUGAACCCAGAUUUGCUUCGGCUAUUGACUCCUUUUUCUCCACCUCCAUGGUCGUGCUGGCCUUCAACUAUUCUGGCGGAUACUUUAACCCAGUAUUGGCAACGGGGCUGAAGUGGAGCUGCCGCGGCCACACCAACGCCGAGCACAUUAUAGUGUACUGGGCUGGCUCCAUCCUGGGUGCUAUGUUGUCCAUCAGGAUCUGGAGCACAGGCAUAGUCAAGAGUACUCUUGUUGCACCCUUCAAACCUAAGGAAGAAUAAUUGAAAUUCAAGGAGAAAUACCAAAGAAGAAGAAUUAAUAUUCCAGGAGAAAUACCAAGUAAGAAAUAGAAAGAUGCAUGUCUUAAGAUAACUUUAAAGAAAAAAAUAAAGCCACAUUUUCAUGUAAGUUUCAAUAGACCUUUGGGUAAGAAAACAAAUGUUGGGUGAAACUGUUAUGCAAACAACAAUUUGUGUUAAGUCAAGCAAUUAUAUUGCCGUUUCUCAUAAGACUGUGCUGAGGUUUCCUAAGGUAGUAGAGUGUAGUAGUUAGUGUACCUUAGUUUAUACUUAGAUCACAUUGCUAGUGACCAGUAUGGGUAAUACAGGUAGUUUGAUAUAUGCAUGAAGAGUUGAUCUAUCAUCUAGAGUUCUAGACUAUGAGGACAUAAGACGAGGACAUAAGACAUAAGACGAGGACAGUUUUAGUGAGGAAAUAAUUAUAUUAACCUGUUUGGGUGGCAAGCUUCAUGUUCUCUCUCCAAUAUUUGUUCUUAUUUUAUAUUAUACACCACUGGUUUUGUUACUUGUUAUCAGUGGUCAACACAUGUGUAAACUUAGUAAUAAUUCAUGACUACUUUUUAAAACAUUUCUAGUGAAAUGAACAUGUACAUAUAUAUAAAAAUGUAAUGUACGGUAUUGGGGGUUGUUCUGGACCUCAAAAUGUUAUGCCUUCACAGAGUGAAUUAGACACUUGUUUAUUUGAAAUUUUAUAUUGCAUACUAUAAAUAGUACCAUACAGGUUAUGAAUGGCGUACAAAGAACAUUUACAGGGCUGAAACCCGAAUGUUAUCAAAUGUCUGUGGUUGCUACACAAUGAGCCAUUGCUGGUAAUGUCUUAAAAGCUCAUGAGAUUUGGGUUGUAUCCAUAUUAUUGUAUUCAUCCUUUUUAGUUAAUAAUGCUGCAUUUGUACCUUUUGUGGACUAGAGAGAUCUUGGCCAUUGUGGAAGGUUUGAGGGGAGAUGGCUCCCAAGGAUCAUUAGGUCCAGGGAUAAUUUUCCUCCACUUUUAGAGUCAGGGCUGUUAGGAUAUUUGCAGCACAAUACCACAGACUCAGUCUUCCAAGUUUGGCUUCCAGGUUAUUUCUUUUGAUAAUUGCUUUUAGCAGUGGUAAUAUAGGGUCACCAAUUUCCUACACAAAGGCAGCCCAUCCUCUGGUUUAGAUAGUACAGUACUUAUAGUAACAGUUUGGACCAUAGUACAAAUAUUGACAUAAUGGACAAUGAAAAUUAGAAUUUGGUUCUAUUGAAUUUGCACAAACCGAAAAAGUUUUGUAUUUGUUGCUAAUAAAACCUAACCAUUCUAAGUCGUACUAUAUAGUAUGGCUAGUACUAUAUAGUACGGCUAGUACUAUAUAUGUAUAUAGUACAUAUGCACUAGAUUUUGGCUAUGAAUAUUUGUUUGGUUUUUAGCUUAUUUUUCUGGACCCUUAAGUGAAUAGUAUUAAAUUCUACUAAUUAUCCAUUAUGUCAAUACUGUGGAUGUACAAUGGUCUACACGGUUACAAGAAGUACUAUCUAAACAGAAGGAUGGGUUACAUGAAGGUAAUCCAGUUACUCUUAACAUUUUGUAUUACUGGCAACUUUUGAUGUAAAAUGUAGUCGGUAUGGCACUAAACUACCACACAAGUUAGUCUGCCAUUCAUUUUGAUAUAAUAAACCAAAAUACAGUAAUGUUUUGUCUAUGCAAAAAUGUUGUUUAUACACAAUCAUUAUGUAUGGAAUGUUACGACUUAACUUACAAGUCUUGAUACAUUUAGUGGUAGUGCUAUUAUAUAGUUGUUAAAACAUGCCUAUUAUAUGCAAAUGGUACUUAAGACUUGUUAGUAAUGGAAUCAAACCACUUGAAUCCUGCCAUAAAAUAAUUCCUCUUUAUAAGUCUUGCCAAAUAGAGAUCUGCACCGUCCAUAUGAAAUGAACUUCAUCAAGCAAGCUCUAAGAAUGCUCAAAUCAAAUGUGCAACAGUUGUACCAAAUAUGCACAAAUUAUUGACAAGAAAUUGCAUGUGUCAAGUAUGCUAGUUAUUGCAUUGUAGUACACACCUUGAGAACUGGUAUUUCCCAUCCAGUACCACAGGCACAUGGAGUAGAGAAAGUUGGAAUUCAAUUAUAGAACCACUUGAAAUGUUGACUGAUAAUGAUGAACAUUUCAUUGAACAGAUAAAUGUUAAUUAAGACAAUUGUAUGUCAACUAAGAUUAUUUAAACAAGAAUGUGUUAGAUUUUUAUUCAUGUAUUUGUUAACAUUCAUAUAUUUAACAGCAAAUUUUAGGGAAAUUUAAUAAUACAGUAAGGCGUGUGACUGCUUUUCUGGGGAGCAGGUACAAAUUUCAUCCAUAAUCACUGCUGUAGAAAUUACAUUUUAAAUCCAAAGUAUUAAGCAUUAUCCAACAAAUUUAAACAAUUAUAUUAUACUUGAAACACUGUAAUUAGUAGUUAUAUAAAAUAAGUAUCCUGUAUCUAUGUUGUAACCUGACCCUAUGUAGUUUUUAUAUAUUAAUAAUUAUAAAAAUUCUGGAUGUAAUUUGUAUCUGCUCCACAGAAAGGCAGUCACAUGCCUCUUUCAUUGGGUGGAUGGCCUGGGAAUGCUAUCUCGAUGGUUUGAGAUUGUUUUGAAUGUAGACAGUGUUGUUAGUGGUGUUGUGUGAAUUCCAAUGGUUAACUUCAUUUUCACUGCAAUGAUACAUAUUUUUUUCUGUUUUACAACUAAACUUCCAGCCCAGACCAAUGCCAAAGGUGUUAAUGUUCUGUAUAUACAGUACACUAAGGUCUCUAUUGGAAACUUUAGGAUGCCCGGAUCCUUUGGUCUUGAUGUAGAUCAAAGGAUCCUAGCAUCCUUAGGUCUACAUUAUCCUGAUUUCCCUUGGACCAUAAGGAUAAUGUAAUCUUUCAUCCUGUAAUCCCAAGAUCUGUGUUGGUAUUACAGUUCUGGUAUUGUUCAUUUGAUAGUAUUGCUUGCUGUUGGAACUGUGUAUAAAUAAAUUAAUUAAUUUUAUUAGUGAGAAUUGGGACUGGUGGGAUUUGUGGUUCUCUUGUGCAUGUCACUCACCUGUAGUGAACUGUGGUAAAAUUAACUUUUUUUUUUUUUUUUUUUUUGUGCAGGAAGAAAACUCACGCUUAGAAUGAGGGUACUUGCUUAUUAAAUAUAAAAUUUUAUUAAUAUAAAAUAAAUUUAUAAAUAUUAUAUUUACAAAUGUUAAUUAAAUGUGCCUUUAUAAUUAAAUUUAUAAAUGAAUGGAUUUACCAUUGUUAAUUACAAUUUGCAUGUAUCUAGCAAUCAUACAUUCUUGCCAUAAUUCAUCUGAGCAGUGUAAAUUUAUGCUUAGUAAACAUUCAGCAAGUUCUUAAAUAAUUGUGCUAGAUAAGCUACCGCAGUUAAACCAGAGUAUCAAUUUGGGGGUUCCAGCAGUGCACCCCUACAUAUGACACAGGAGUGUAGCGAGGGAGUAUUAUGUCCGAAGUGUCCACCCGAGUCCACCAGGCGGCACCCCCUGCGUAAGGAUACAAGGAUAAGCAGGUCUUGGGAGGUGGGUGGGUUUUUGCUUGUGGUGCGGGCAGCGACUAAAGAUGAACAGAGUUCGGGACCUCUGCUGCCCAUGUUCAAGUACCCCGACUUUUUUUGCGCGCGCCACUUGACGCAACUCGUUAGUCAUGUUUUCUUCCCAAAAAUAUUUGUUUCUUUUUCCAAGCAGUGUCCAUAUUUGUUAAUUUAUUAUUGUCUUGGUGAGAACUAAUUGUUGCAUUUUUCUGAAUUAUUUGUGUGUUUGUAUGUUGCAAGUUUAUUAUCUUGAGGACCUUAAUGUUAUUAAUAUUUGCUCAAAUGUUCUGCAAUUAUCAAUUUGUGUGCACAUACUGUGGUGCCUUUUACAAAUGUGAUUUUUCGUUCUACAGCUUUAAAAAUUGUCAGUUGUUAAUUCAAUGAUGGUUCUUAUGUACUAUAUGUCGUUAAAAUGUUAUAAAUGUUAACUUUUCAAAAUGAUGAUGGUAUAAAAUGCAUAUCAAAAUAUUGACAAUUACUGUAGAAUAUAAAGACUGCUGAAAACAUUAAAACCUGCUUGUUAAUUUGUUAUGGUUGAAACUUAUGGUUUUUAUGGUAUAAACAAGAAUGCAAGAACCCUUGUAUAUAUAAAUAAAUAAAUAAAAAUAAAAUAAUAUACUGUUGGAAACUGAAUUUA